AUAUGUUGAUGAUGCCAAUACCAAUCCCAAACGACCUUUACAGAGGUAUACAUAUUACAUACCAAACUUUGGAUCUAACCUAAGCAGCAAAAGCAGCCAAAAACUCAACUCAGCCCCCACUGCCUCACCCUCCUCAACCCCACCAGCCUAUUGUUCAUUUUCUCCCACUCCAAACACCAACAUUUCACACCAACAGCCACCAUUACAGGUCCACUACCAAUGUACCUUUAUUGAUUUGCACUCCCAGUACACCUCCAUAAUCAUAAAAGCUGAAGCUUGAAUUAAACCCAAAAACACACAGGCACUCGCAUUUCCUCACACAACGAAAGAAAGACAGACCCUUUCUUUGUACCAAUGUCCCCGAACUCCUCUAUCUUUUCCUUCUUUGUUUUCUUCUCCAUUCUCUUGCCCACCUUUCUGGGUCUGCACAACCCGGACCCUGCCACAAUCCAAUCGCUCCGUUCAACCCCAUCUCCACCAGCAACUAUUCCUGCAUUCCCCGAACAAUCCAAUUUGGCUGGCUGCCCCCUGGACCUCCCGCAUGAGCUCUUCCAUGGGAUAAAGAGCGCGUGUGGUUCCACAAAGGGUGGCGCCAAUGGGCAGCUCCGGCGCAGCCGCUGCUGCCCUGUACUGGCUGCGUGGCUGUACUCCGCCUAUUCUGGGACUGCCUUGGGCAGAACCAGCAGAGUGGGCGCUGCAGUGGCGGCUCGUAGUAAUACGACAUCCUACGACCUGCCAUUGCUGCCGGAUGAUUCCGAAACCUGCGUGGAUGACUUGGGGAAAACCCUAAAGGCAAAAGGAGUUGAGUUGGUGAGACCCAAUGAGACCUGCGAUGUGGUGUACUGUUACUGCGGCAUUAGGUUGCACCCAUUGAGUUGUCCUGAGGCGUUUAAGGUGACCCAGAAAGGGAAACUGGUUGGGGAUGAGAGUGUGAAGAGGUUGGAGCGGAAUUGCUUGAGUAGCAGCACCAAUGUGAAUAGAUUUCCAGGUCUUGGUGGGUGCUCCAAGUGCUUGAGCAGUCUCCAUAAGCUUAACAAGAAGAAGACUUCCAAUUCAAGUAAAUCUGAGGACAGGACCACUAAAAUGCACAACAAAGAUUGUCAGCUAAUGGGUCUGACAUGGCUUCUCGCCAAGAACCGAACGGCCUACAUCCACACAGUUUCGGCAGUCUUACGAGCAAUCAUGAUGAGCGAGGAUGGCUCCCAUCCUCAAUCUUGUGCUCUCAACAGUGACGGAAUGCCUCUCGCGGUUGAUUCCUCCGAAAUCUCCGGCCAUUCAUCAUCAAACAAUCUUAGAGCACCCAUCAACCUCUACUCGUUAUUGCUUUGUUUGCUGUAUUUCCUCUCAAUUUUAUUGUCCACCCGGAUUCAUUAGACCUAUAAUUCAUUCAUGAUUGUUGUACUCUUUUCUCUUCCUGGUAAUAUGACAUGCCCUGUUUCUCCUCUGCA